GGCUCCCAGGCUGUCGCAUCACCGACCGGGGAGGGGCCCCGUUUCCCACCAUUGGCUAGUAGCCUACUGUAGCCCAUUACCGACAGCUUUACGGUAGAGUGUGUGUGUGAGAGCGUGUAAGCGGUGGUCUUUUUUAUCUCGACCAGGCGCUCAGGCUGCCGGGUUUCAGCAUGAUUUUAAAAGGACUCUAGCUGAUUUUCCCUCCCUAGCAUCAGCCUUUGAAGCUCACCACUCUCCAAACUGAAAAGGGAUGCGCCUAAACAGAAGCGGAUACAUUGUCCGGACACUGCGAGAGAAGAGGAGCAUGUAACCGGGAGAAUCCCAGCAGCAGCAGCGGCGCGGGGGAACCACCUGACUCUUUCCUCUUUUUCCGCUCACGAUUUCCCCUCAUAAUUUAAGGCUUCUCGAUGCGCUGAGCCAGUUCUUAUCGUUGUUUUGGAUAUUAUCUUCAGCAAAAUGAGCGAGGAAGUGUCGGAGGUCCCAAAAGAGCUUCUGGAGAGCGUGAGGGAUGCGGUGGGAAGAAAAGUGAAGCUGUCACUGCGGAAGAGAGUCAAACUGGAGAUCAAAGGAGACAAGAUGGAGAACAGAGUAUUGGCUCUCGCAUCUUACCGAGCCUACCUCUUGACGGCACGCAUUCCUACCAAGGUGGAACACUCCUUUAAUUAUCUGGAGAUCCAGGGAAUUGCUUGCAACAAGCCAACGCAGCUGUCCAUAGAAUAUGAGCGCGGCUCAUUUUCGUUGAAGUUGCCCUCCACAGACGAGGUAAAUGAGGUGGUGGCUCACAUAGGAAACUGUAUGCAGAGGAUAUGUCCAGGUCUGCCCCCUAGUAAAGUGAUGAAGAAGCUUUGCAUGGAGCCUCCAGACAGGCUCUCUUCUCUGCAGACUCUGUGGGAGAACAAUAAACCUGCUGAACCUGGACCCUGUGGUGGGUUUUCUCAGAUGUACCGAUGUGUUUGUGACUGGUUGGGGAUGCCUUACAGAGAAGAGGUGCAGUGGGAUGUAGACACUAUAUAUUUAACGCAAGACACCAGAGAACUUAAUUUGCAGGACUUCAGUCAUCUGGAGAACAGGGAUCUGGUAGCUAUAAUAGCAGUCCUGGAGUUUAACCAGUGGUUCACCAAGGUCUCUACUAAGGAUUACAAGCUGUCUGCAGAUGUUUGCGAGCAGAUCCUUCGGGUGGUGUCUCGAUCCAGUCGACUGGAGGAGUUGGUCCUGGACAAUGCAGGACUCAAAACCGAUUUUGCCCAGAAGCUAGCUGCUGCUCUGGCCCACAACCCCAGCUCAGGACUCACCACUAUUAAUCUUGCCAACAACCCACUGGAGGACAGAGGUGUUUCCUCCCUGGGUGCUCAGUUUGCCAAACUCCGUUUGGGGCUCAAGCAUUUAAACUUUUCCAAAACCUCACUCUCACCCAAAGGGGUGAAUAGCCUUUGCCAGUCACUGAGUGCCAACCCGUCCAUCCCCAGCAGCCUAGUCCAUCUGGACCUCUCAGGGAACAUGCUCCGAGGAGACGACAUGCAGCACUUCUACCACUUCCUCGGCCAGCCAAACAGCCUGGCAACCCUUGACCUCUCCAACACUGAUUGCUUAUUGGACCAGGUUUGCUCAGCACUGCUGCGGGGCUCAGUUGAACACCUCUCCGUUCUCAACGUGUCAAAGAGCGUCUUCCCUCACAGGAAAGGCAAAGACGUGCCCCCGUCCUUCAAGCAUUUCUUCAGUAGUGCUGCAUCUCUCACCUCCAUCAACGUGUCAGGAACCAAGCUGCCACCAGAGGCUGUGAAAGCGCUCCUACUUGGUCUGGCCAGUAACCCAAGUGUGAAGGAUGUCUCUCUAGACCUCAGCUGCUGUGAGCUGCGGUCUGGAGGAUCUCAGAUCCUUGAAGGUUGUAUUGCUGAGAUCCCAAACAUCUCCAGCCUGGAUAUCUCUGACAACGGAUUAGACUCAGAGUUGUCCACUCUGCUUGUUUGGUUGGCCAAGAACCGGUCUAUCAGACACCUCUCUCUGGGCAAGAACUUCAACAACAUCAAAUCCAAAAAUCUCGCUCCAGUGUUGGACAGCUUGGUUCACCUGAUUCAGGAGGAGGAGUCGCCCCUCACCUCUCUGUCUCUAGCAGACUCCAGGCUCAAGAGUGAUCUCACCAUCGUUCUCAAUGCUUUGGGCAGCAACUCCACGCUCACAAGGCUUGACAUCAGUGGGAAUGCAAUGGGUGACAUGGGGGCCAAAAUGCUGGCUAAGGCGUUACAGAUCAACUCCAAACUCAGGACUGUGAUCUGGGAUAAGAACAACACCAGCCCUCAGGGUCUGCAGGAUGUAGCAGCCGCUCUGGAAAAGAACUUCACCAUUCGUUUCAUGCCCCUCCCCAUCAUUGAUGCCUCCCAGGCUCUAAAGGCGAGCCCUGAGAAAACUGAGGAUGCCUUACUAAAGAUUGAAACGUAUUUGUACAGGAACCACGAAACAAGAAAAUAUCUUCAGGAACAGGCUUAUCGGCUUCAGCAGGGCAUCGUAACCACAACCACACAGCAGAUGAUUGACAGGAUUUGUGUUAAAGUCCAGGACCACCUGAACUCUCUGAGGAACUCGGAGAUGGACGCCAUCUUGGAGGAUGUCAGGUCAGCGGAGAGCCUCAUCAAAGAUGCCAGGAAUUCAAAAACGCUGCUUCCCAACCUCUACCACCUCGGAUCAGCUUCCAGAGAGGAGGUGAACAGUACUUCAGUAGGUCCAAUUCAGGAGAAACUGGAGUCUAUGGCCGGGGAGGUGACUGCUGUCAUGGACCAACAGCUGCAGAUGCUAUUGGAGACCAUGAUGGAUGCAGCAGAGUCUCUGUGUCCUCAUGUGAUGAAGAAGAGUAAUCUUCGAGUAGAGUUGAUGAAGGCCAGCUCAGCUAGGAUGGUUGUACCUAAAAGCUUCGUUAGCAAAACCCUCCUGGAGCAGUCUGGGGUAGAUAUCAUCAACAAGAUCAGUGAGGUGAAGCUGAGUCUAGCGUCCUUUCUGUCCGAUCGCAUCGUCGAUGAGAUUUUGGAGGCUCUUUCCACGUCACAGCACGUGCUGGCGGAUCAUCUGGUACGUCGAGGUCGCCCCUUGGUGCAGCAGGAGUCGGUGGACCUGGAUGUGCCGGAGGAAAAGAUUCCAAAAAGGGCAUCGGCCGAGAUACUGGAGGCUGAGAGGCUUGAGGAUUUGGAAACAUGUAUGAUGACUCCGAAAUCCAAAAGGAAGAGCAUCCACAGCAGGAUGCUGCGACCAGUGUCUCGUGCCUUUGAGAUGGAGUUUGACCUGGACAAAGCCCUAGAAGAUGUCCCGAUCCAUGUGGAGGACACUUCAACUUCAUCUCACACUCCAUCCACUCCAUCUGUGGUGCUGCCCAAACUGGAGCCAUGUCCCACAGGUGUGAUGGUGGAGCUUCCAUCUGAGGAGGAAAAAAAGCUUCAGCACUUCACCAAACUCCGACCUCGGAGGAACAAAAAGACACAUUCCAGCAAAGUACCACAAAUCAGCAGCACUCCAUCUCAAGAUGGGGAACAGAACGGCCUCAUGGGAAGGGUGGAUGAGGGUGUAGAUGAGUUCUUCUCUAAAAAAGUCACCAAGAUGGAUUCCAAGCGUUCCCUGAAGAGUUCAGAAUCUCAAGAUGGCGAGAAGAAAAAGAAAGGAGGAUUUCUAAAUCUCAUCAAACGAUCCUCUAAAUCGGAUAAAUCGGAUAAAUCAGACAAACUGGAUAAGUCUGAGAAAAUCCAGGCCACUUUAACAUCCUCAGGUCCAUCACCCUCUGCACAGGCAUCCGUCAUCCCAGAGGAGCCUUCCUCACCGAAGGUUGCAGUUAAGAGCCUGGCACCUGAGCCGAAGUCGAGAGACGCCUCCAGUCGCUCACAGCCCACAGACUACAGCAGCAGCUCAGACCGCUCAGAGGAGCUGAGGACCCCAGACUCCAUGGACGAACCCUGGGAGGGUUCAGAUGGCAGGGGGAGUCCUCAGGGAGGCAAGCGGUAUCCUGGCGUGCAGAUGAUGGGCAGCGGCCUCCUAGCAGAGAUGAAAGCCAAGCAUGAAAGGAGAGCAUACAAGUCUUCCAGCCCUGACAGACCUGACAGCAAUACAACAGCCAAGCCUCAACCCACCACUCCAGAAAGCAGGUCUCCCGGUGGUUCCGUUAACAAGCCCGACCCUGCUUCUCCAGAGAAGACCUCACCACGCGGUGAGACUAAGCCCGAGCCAGUUCCUCGCCUCAGAGCUACGUCUUCCUCGAGUUCCCCAGGGGGACCAGUAAGUCCCAAACCACCAGUGCCACAGGGAGCAAAGCCUGCUCUGGCUGCUCGACCUACAAUCCCGCAGAAGCCGAGGACCACGAAUAGCAGCAGGAGCAUAGAUGAGAGCUCAGAUUCCACCAGCAGUGGCAGUGUGUCUCAUAAAGCCACAGUUCUUCCUCCAACACUGAAGAGGGUGCUAUCGGAAAAAGGCAAGGACGGAGUCUCCACCAACAAAACCACUCAGGAAGUGAGAUCUAUGUUGGACUCUGUUCAGCGAUCCAGCCCUCUCAGCACCAACUCUGAACAUCACGGCUCCUCCAAGACCAAGGACCAAAGUACAAACUCAGACAAGGACAAAGCAGCAGGCAAGAAGUCCUCAGACUCUGGGGAGGAGGCAGACAAAGACUUUAUUUUGAUAUAAGUAAAACAAAUUGAGAUAAAACGCCUGUUGACAAGCUUCAAAUUUACAUUUAACGAAGGAAGCCCCACAGGGCAGCAAACCUAACUGUUGUUUCUUUUGUGUUAGAGCUUGUACCUGUAGGUCCUGUCUGACUGCACAGUACAACAAUCAUAUUUGGUUUGUAGGAAAACCUGCAGUAGUUUAUAAAAAGAAAACCUCUUAAUUUAAUUAUGUUUAGUGAUGGGUUUUAACUCCUUGGUUAUCUAACCUAACCCAAAUACUUUACUAUGUCGCAAAAGAGCUUCCUUCUCACAGACAGCCUUCUCUCUCCUCUCUAGAUCACACUAUUGAUCCCUGCUUUCAGGUAAAAAUCUCAUGUCUGGAACCUAAAUAGAAAUCUUAAGUUUUCAAACCACUAAAAAUGAUGCAUGACAUUUAUACAAAAAAGCAGAGAGACUGUGAAAGUGUGUGUACGUGUAAAAUCUUUAACUUGAGUCUUUCUACUGUCUGUUGCCAUAGCUCGUCUCCGAAGGACCAAACACACAAUACCACUUACGUCACGAUUACUGUACUUUACCCAUACAACCAGACCAGGAAUCAAUGGCGUUUGUUUUUUUCAAUAUAUUUUUACAGAUUUUGGUAUAUACUAAUCUUCAGCAUGUGCAAAGGACUUUUUGGGGACUUCAAAGGUGCCUGAAUCCAUUAUGCAAUUCGUGUUUUUUUACAGGAAAAUACAGGUUUCAGCUGAGACUCUAAGCAAAGACAGAACUCAGAUAUAUUUGAUGUACUUUGACUUACUCAGAGGGGACUAGCCAGACCACACUGCAGGACUGAGGGAUAGCUGUAAAUCAGUGUAAAGCAAACACACCACCUGGACUCAAGUUAUACUCACUGCAAGAGCUGGAGUGACAGUGUGAUGUGUUUAACUUUAACUUUAUUGAUAAUCAGUAUGGCUUCAGCACUGUUAAAUAAUACUGUUCUCUGUACGUAAACACUGUGGAAAAAUAUCUUAUUUGCUGUUUUUAGGGGAGGAUACCACUAAAGUGCAAUACAGAGUUUGAUUGUAUACAUUUUGGCCAAAUUUCUGUGUUUAUAACAAAAUUAAAUUCUUAGUUUUCCUGAAAACAAAUUGCAGCCUUUAGUCGAAAUGUUGAGACUCUGUAUUGCUCUUAAAGAUAAAGAGGGCUCCUUCCUUCCAAAAACAGAUUAAUUUUAUUCAUUGAGUAAUAUUGACAUUCCUCCAAAAGAAAAGCCCAGGCUUUGAAAAUAACCUCAUCAGUUUGUCCUUUGUGUAAAAGCAGGAUACAGGAAGGAAAUCCGGCCUUCAGACACUCUUCUUCCUCAUCAUCUUCCAAAUUUAGUUCACUUUUACUUUCCACACAGGACGGGAAAAAAAACUCAAGCCAUUAGGUGGCGAUCAUAAUGCUUAAAUUGAAAAAGCAAGCAGUGGCUAAAGUGAAAGUGAACUGAAGGUAGCAGUAUUUUGACCACGUGGACCUUCGGGCUAUUUUGUACAUACAAUUUUCAGGAUCUGACUGAGUCACAUUAACUCGGGUCUCAGGCCAAAUUCUUCUGAUUUCUCUCUUCUAAGAACAAGCAGUGACCUUUUCACACUGAUACAGUUUGCAAACUUUCUCAAAUAUAUGGUGCUUUUGGACUCAAUAAUCUUCAGAAUUGGAAAAAAAGUAAAGAAAACAGUGAACGGGGCAAAGGAUUUGUGGGCAGCUCAUCUCUCCAUCUGCAUGUGAUGCUGGUUUUUGUGAUACUGGACCGUGCAAUUUCACAGACAUUGGAUAAAUGGUUUGAUAUCCCACUCAUGCCACGUCGGUUUUUAGUGGCCGAUAUGCUUCAGUCAACCCACUCUUCCUGGGUGUGUUGCCAUUUCAGUCUUAAACAGAUGCCUCUGUUUUUAUUUCGAGCUCUGCAGUCACUCGGUCUGACACAAUGUCAGCAUCACACUCUAUAAACACCGGUAUGUAAAAUCCAACCUUUUAUAUCGCAUUAACUACUUAUUCUGCAGGUCGAGCUGUGCUCUAUUGUCAUUUCAAAAUGUGCGCUCAAGAUUGGGUCUUCAUGAACAGUGUGAAAGGGCCAUGGCUUGUAUUUAUGUUACUGUGCAAGAGCCUAAUUCAAGUCAGGGCCAAAGGUCUUACUGGUUCACCUUUUCCAUAUAUUAUGGUGUCUUCUGAUGUCUUUUUUCUAGGGUUAGGUUUUGCUUAUUUGUCACUAAUCAUGGACUUGAAAUAACAACGUCUCUGCUGUAUAUAGUCUUGUCCCUAAGAGCUGCUUUGAUUUUCAACACUCAAACUUCACUUUUUGUCUCAAAGGUGUUCACGCCUAUCUAAAACAAACAAAAACAAAAAAAGCACUACUUUGCAAUAUGCUGCAAGGAAAGGAUCCGGACAUCUGUGGUAUCGCGUGAAAGAUAGUUUCCAGUUUCCUUCCAAACUUGAGUGUCCACAUCGUUUCUGUUGGUGGGAGAAACAUGAAAAUAACUCGUAGCAUUUAAGUUUAGACCUCGGUGUCUACGUGUGUGACUGCAUGAUGUGACUGUGAGUUGUACUGUAUGUAUAUAUGUGCUUUCAUACAUGUAGGUGUGUGUAUAUAUGUAUGUGUAACAUAUGCACGUGUAAUAUACUUACAUAUGAUAUAGCCACACACCUAUGUGACCACAGCGAAUCCUAUAUUGUUUUGGUACUAAGUACACUUCUAUACUAGGGAUUUGUUUGUAAGUUAUUUGGAAUAAUAAAAAAAAAUUAAAAGGCAAACAGUGGCCGGUGAUGUCUUGAUCAUUUGUUGGUUUUCCUCUCACUUGUUUAUAAAUGUAGAAAUGAUUUCUUUGUACGUAAUUAUUUAUUAAACGUAAUCACUUUAGGUUUACUUUGAUUGUUAAUGCACUGCAAUGUGUUUUUGUUGUUUGGUUCUUUCCUUCUGUCAUUAAUACAUCUCUUGUUCUGUUUGGACAUGGUUAAAUAUGUUCCACUAAGUCUGAUGAUGGGCAUUUCUUCAUGCAAUUAAUACUGAUUAAAAUAAUUUUACAGGCUAUAACAUUUGUCAUGUUGUGUUUAUCUGCUGUUCCA